AAGUUUCAUUUUAUUUUGGUUGUUUUCCCGAAACAAAAACGCGUUUGUUUUGCAUUUGAAUUUAUUUUGGAAAUAUUUUGUGCAAAUAAAUCCAGAAUUUUCUUUAAAUGUUUACCUCGAUUUCAACCCACCAACUGCGCUGCUGUCCCCUUUUCUCUCCUCUAUCACGUGAUCACCUUUUCUCUCCUCUUCAUUUUUUUCAAGUCACUUCCCACUUAACAUUUCUUCUUUUUUAUUUAUUUUUUUAUUUUUUCCAUUUUCUAUCUUCUCUCCUUAAUUGUUUUCCAGAUCUUCCUCCUUCGUUGCUCUCACUCAUUCUUUCUCUCCUCAUAUAUCAUUCCCUAUUUUCUCCACCAACUACAAGCAAUAACUUCUCCCUCAUAAACCCUAUCUUCUUCCAACUACUUGUAAUAACUUUUCUGCCGAUAUCCACUAUUGUAUCUGCAAAAAUAGUGAAGGAAUCCGAUUCUUUGCUUUAUUUUCUUCCUGACACUGAUUUUUUUUUUUUGUCACUGUAGUUUGAUUUCUGAAAAGGCUAUUGUUGUAGUGUGAGGCAGAAGAAUCUCUACUGUGUGAAGCUUGACUGCAUUUUUUUAUGUUAUCUCUCUGUAAUUUUCUCUUAUAUAGUUCAUUCAUUGUAGUUCAUAUAUCACAUAUGACUCCAUCUCUUGCCUCUCUGAUAUUUGUUUCUUCUGAGUCAAAAACGGAGUCCGACGAUCUACUGUGUUCUUCAGUUGAUAGCAAUAUCCCACUUCUUUCCCGGUGUAAGAAAAGAAAGAGAACGAUGUCUAGAUCUGUUAAUAGUGACAAACAACCAAGGUGUGAGAAUGCUCAAUGGCCAUUCUCUAGUGAGGAAAUGUUAGUACAGGUUUGCUAUGAUUCAUACCUUCAAGGACAGCUUCUAACGACCACAUUUUCUAGUUUUGUCUGGGGUACUAUUUGUGAGGAACUGAACAAAAGAACAGAGCAUAAAUAUCAGUACAGUGUAAAGCAAUGCAAACAAAAGUUUAAUAGGAUUAGGGCCCAAUGGAAGUUAUAUUAUCGUUUGUUGAAUCAAGAAACUGGAUAUGGAAUUGAUGAAAUCACGAAAACAAUUACUGGAGACCCGGAGCGUCUUGCUAGUGUUGUGAAGGAUAACAAAGUUUAUGCCCGUAUGUUGAAAACCGGAGUCCCGAAUUAUGACUAUUGCACUGAGAUGUUCUACAAGAAUGUGGCAAAUGGUUAUGUGGCUCGUUCUAGUACGCAGAAUCCGGCCAAUAGCCUUGAAGAAAGUGAGGAAUUGUCUGGCAGCGGAAUGAAGCGGUCAACACCUGAGGUUACUUCGGAGCAAGAAUCAGGUCCCAGCAAUUACAAGAAAAGGGGAUACCACAAGGCAGCCAACAAUGCUGAAAUGAUGCAGUCCAUUAUGGACCAGUUUGGUGGAUUCUUGGAGAAGAACAAUAAUCAUUGGCAGGAGACUUCGAAAAAAAGCAUCGACUGUUGCGUCUCAAUGAUCAAUCAAAUGAAGGACCUUGAUCCGCUUACUCGCAUUAAGGCUUGCACUGCAUUGAAAAGUGCGAGUAUGCGUCAUGUGUUUCUUGCUUUGGAUGCAGGGGAUAGGUGGUUGUGGGUGAAUCAGUUUAGUGGUUGAAUGGAAUUUGGUUGAACGUGUUUUAAUUUGCAUUUGUGUUUUUUUUAAAUUUGAACUUUAAUUAGGUUUUUUCUGUAUGAACAGUGUGUGAAACAAUUCGGGCUCGUUGCUGUUUUUUAUAUGUGAUCAUGUUGACUUUUCAUGUUU